AUGGCAGUGAACGAUUUAAUGAGCGAGCUACAGAAGGAGUCAUUUCAAAUGGAGCCUGUCGUCGAAAUGAGAGUAGUGAAAGCAGUGAUGCAACUCAUGGACGAUAAAAAUGGAGAAGUUCAAAAUUUGGCUGUCAAAUGUCUUGGCCCCCUUGUCAAACAAAUCAAAGAAGAAAACUUGAUAUACAUUAUUGACCGAUUAAAUGAAUAUAUCGCACAACAAAAGAGAGACGAGCUGCGUGAAAUUGCUAGUGUUGGCUUGAAGACUGUUGUAAUAGAAGUCGAUAUUGGCAAAAGCUACAUAUUAUGUGCUCACAUUAUCCCUAAUCUUUUGGAAUCAAUUCAAAAAACUGACAUUCCUUAUGAUACGCAAAUGGAUACCUUAGACAUUUUAUCUGAAAUACUCGUGAGGUUUGGAGGUCAAUUAUCAACAAAACAGCAGAUCGAGAUCCAAAAAGUCCUACUACCAUUACUCUCAUACAACCGGGCUGCUGUACGUAAAAGAGCCACUACAGCCAUCGGUUAUUUGGCAAUUCAUGUCGACGAUAAUGUCUUUAAACAAAUAUAUUCAUUUUUAUUGGACGGCUUGAGAAGUAACAGUGCUUCAAAAGAUGUUACUCGAACAUUGGUUCAGUGUGCCGGUGUCAUCAGUCGUUAUAAUGCUGCUCGUAUAGGCGAGCAUAUGUCAGAAAUCAUACCUAUUAUUAUUGCAUUCAUACCCGAAGCCGACGAAGACGACGAAUUGCGUGAAUACUGUUUGCAAACCCUUGAACAGUUUAUACUCAAAUGUCCUACCGAAGUUGCUCCUCACAUCCCAACGAUCCAGUCCUUGGCGUUGGAAUAUAUCAAAUACGAUCCCAAUUUUGUUGAAGAUGAAGAUGGGGAUGAAGAUAUGGGCGUUGAGGUAGAAGAUGACGAUGAUGAGUUUGAGGACGAUGAAAUAAUCGACUACGAAGACGACGACGAUGAUAUGUCCUGGAAAGUGCGUAGAUCAGCUGCGAAAGUAUUAGCUGCCAUUAUUGCUACUCGUCCUGAUAGGCUACAAGACUUAUAUGAAAAUAUCGCUCCGGUGUUGAUUAAUCGUUUCAAAGAACGUGAAGAAUCUGUUCGUGUCGACAUUCUACAAACCUUCAUCACUCUUUUGAGACAAACAGUUGUCUAUUCUGGAGAGAAUACUGAUUACGCAAAACAAAGCAGUUUCGGUGUGUUUAGCGACGAGCUUAAUAAUCUUCCACCCUGUCCUGUUAGCAGCGGAGCUAUGGAUGUAACAGACGGCCCCAGACAGUUGUUGCAAUCGCAGGUCGCUAAACUGUGUCGCGCUUUAGCAAAGCAGUCCGAUGCAAAGUCCUUACAAACCCGCCAAGUUAGCUUUCAUCUAUUACGUGAACUGAUAAAUGUUUUGCAUGGUGGUUUGACCGAUCAGAUUGAACUAUUCUAUCCUGCCAUCGAAUCAUCUUUAUCGACUGCCAAUGCGGAUCAGCAACAAUCAUCCACCAACUUGAAGAUUGAAGUCCUUGCAUUCCUUCGUUCAUUUUUCCACGUCCAUGCAACGUACGACAUAAACAAAGCCAUUCAGCAUUUGUCACCUUCAGUCAUCAAUGCACUUUCUGAUAAAUUCUACAAAAUUGUUUCCGAAGCCUUUUUGGUUUGUAUGGAAAUCAUAAAGGCGAUUCGCCCGAUUCAGCGCGAAAAAGGCGGUGAAUAUCGUAUUUCAUCCAUUGACAAGGAAAAUAUAGAAUAUAUUAAUGGAAUUUACGAUGCCACGAUCAAUAUCUUGAAUACAAGCGAUGCUGAUCAAGAAGUCAAGGAACGUUCCAUCAUGUGCCUGGGCACAAUUCUGAGCCAAUUAGGCGAUAGUCUCGGAGCAAAGCAAAAGGAAGCUUGGAAUGGCCUUCUGGAUAGGAUUAGAAAUGAAGUAACACGUGUUAUCAGUAUUAAAACACUCGCGCAAAUUUGUCAAAGCCCGGUUGCUGUGGGUGAGGACAUGAAGCAAUGUGUGCUUACAGCCGUAGACGAAAUUACGUUACUGUUGAGGAAAAACAAUCGACCUUUGCGUAUUGCAAGUUUGGAAUGUUUGUCUAUCUUGAUUCAGAAAUUUGGAGAUGAUAUACCAGCAAACAGUAUUUCUGCGUUGCUGACAGAAUUGAAACCUUUGGUGUCCGAUGCUGAUCUUCAUUUAUUCCCUCUCACGAUGAAGGCGGUUGAAUCUAUCCUUACCACAGUGCCCACUUCUGUUAGUGAGGUCAAUAAGUCCAUUGUUCCUCACAUCAUACAGCUUAUUGGUUCUCCUCUUCUCCAGGGUGCUGCACUUGACAGUUUACUACACAUGUUGGCUUCAUUAGCCAAGGCCAAUCCAACUGAUUAUCACGAUUUAGUGAAGGCCCUUGUGGAUCCACUUUUGACAUUCAAGGCCGCUUCUGGCAUCUCCGCCGGUGGUGUCGCGGCUGUGUCUAAUAAGCAAGCUUCAUCCACCGUAGCCCAAUGUGUAGCAGUUCUUGCCGCGAUUACUAAUAACGACAACUGCAUGCAUACAGUCAAAGAGUUCAAAUCUUAUCUUCAAUCUCCUACUGCAAACGAUUCUGUUAAGUACCUCAGCUUAUUGAUUAUAGGAGAAAUUGGUCGCAGAACAGAUUUGUCCAGCUUUGCUGAUAUUGACGACGAAAUUACCGCUUUGUUCUCGUCACAGUCAGAAGAAGUCAAGUUUGCGGCUGCGUUCGCUUUGGGUAAUAUCUGUGUCGGUAAUAUCAGCAACUAUCUACCUUCCAUAGUAGAACAAAUCAAACACGACCGCAAGAGACGUUACCUAUUACUGCACGCCUUAAAAGAAGUCAUUACCAGAUAUAAGCGUGAAAAUAAGGAUCAAUCUCUCAGUGCUGUGGCUGAUGAAAUUUGGUCACUUCUGCUCGAAAGCAGUGAAAACAAUCAAGAAGAAGGUACGCGUACCGUUGUAGCUGAAUGUCUAGGUAAACUUGCUUUGACAGAGCCCAGCAAGUUCUUGCCUCAGUUAGAAGAAAGACUCUCAUCUGAGUCUGCUCAAACACGGGCUAUUGUCGCUACGGCUAUCAAGUAUGCGGUUGUUGACCCUUCCAAUGACUAUGAUGAAUAUUUAAGACCUAUUAUGGUCAGAUUUUUGACACUUAUGCAAGAUUCAGACUUGAAUGUACGUAGACUUACUUUGCUUACUAUCAAUUCAGCUAUACAUCGUAAGCCUUAUCUAGCAAGAGGCGUACUCGAUCAACUUAUUCCCCUUUUAUAUGCUGAAACCACUGUGAAGCAAGAACUAAUCCAUACAGUUGAAAUGGGACCCUUCAAACAUCAAGUGGAUGAUGGUCUUGAAAUAAGAAAGGCUGCUUUUGAAUGUAUGUACACACUUCUCACUACCUGCUUCGAUAAGAUCGAUAUUUUUGGCUUUUUGGAGCAUGUGAAGGGUGGAUUAAAUGAUCAACAUGAUAUAAAAAUGCUUGCCUAUCUCAUGCUUACUCGUUUAAGCAAACAAGCACCCGCUGCGGUUUCACAGAGUUUGGAUGAAUUUGUUACUCCCCUCAAAUCAACGCUUGAAUUCAAAAUGAGAAGCAAUGCCGUUAAACAGGAAGUAGAAAAGAAUCAAGAGCUGAUCCGCGGUGCACUUCGUUGUAUUAUGAUAUUAAACCAAUUGUCAGAUGAAAACGUUUCUCCACGCUUUGAACAGCUCGUAGAAGAUAUCAAGGAAGGACCUCUCAAGGAAGAUUUCAAGGCAAUAUUCGCCGAAGUUGAAAGUCGAGAAAGUAGAGCCGAAUAUAUGGAAAUUUCUUGA